CGCACGGAGCCGAAACGUUCGGCCGGACAGCAGCACUCAAACCACAUCACCACUUCCUCCUCCAGACCAUCGCAAUGAACGUCGCGCCACUGGCAAGACGGCCUCUGGGCUGCCUCAAGGCAAGCCUACGCCGGACAAGGCACCAGAAAAUGCUGUUCACCCGGCACAUGGCAACCGAAGUCACGGCUGCGAUACAGACAUCAAAACCACGACCACCGCCAAAACACAACUUCUUCGGUCUCACCGACCGCAAAACUAAGAAACUCCGCACCGCCUUCGCCGUCUACCCGACCACGGUGGCCGCCGGGUCCAAGUCGCUGACCCCGCCGCCGGUCAACGCGCUGCAGGCGCUGCACGAGGCGCAGAUCAAGAAGAUGGACCCGACGGGAGCGCGCACGGCGCUGUUCGCCAAGACGCGCGAGGCGGCCAAACCCGGCGACGUGCUGAUGGUGACGCACCGGCGCGGCGGCGAGCCGUUUGCGGGCGUGCUGCUGUCGAUCCGGCGGCGGGGCAUCGACACGGCGAUCCUGCUGCGCAACCACCUGGGGAAAGUGGGCGUCGAGAUGUGGUUCAAGGUGUACAACAAGAACGUGGCCGGCAUCGAGAUCGUCAAGCGGCGGCCCAAGCGGGCACGCCGCGCGCGCCUCACGUACAUGCGCAAGCCCAAGCACGAUAUGGGCAGCGUCGAGGACCUUGUGUUUGCGUGGAAGCGGUCGAGGAAGGUCUUCUCGAGCGGGAAGCCGGCUGCGGGUGCGGCGGGGGCUAAGGGUGGCGCGGCUGCGAAGAAGAAGAAAUAG